AUGUCCUGCGAAAACCCCAGCGUCGACAAGGAUGCCUUGAUGGCUCGUCGACCCAAGUUCGAUAAAACAAAGCAGUGCGUGAAAUGCAAGGAGCGAACGGGAAACGUCGUUAUCAGACACGCCGUAUAUUGCAAAUCAUGUUUUUUCCCUCUCAUCUCGACCCGUUUCCGUAAAUCUUUGGAACCGUCAGUAAAUCCAACCCCAGAUGGUCCUCGACGCAAGGCCCUGAAAGCCUCUGGAAGUCUUCUAGUCGGGCUCUCCGGAGGUCUAGGAUCCACAGUCAUGCUUGAUCUUGUCGCCAAAACGUACUUUGGUGCCCCAAGCGUCGCCGACCUAGGAGAAGAGGCACCACCUUCGAAGCCGAAGGGCGGAAAGGAGCAUCCGCGAAAUAUGACAGGAAAAGAUUCUGAAAUAUGGAGAGGCGUUCCAGCUGUGUGCUAUGUUGAAGUUUGUGGUGCAUUUCCUGGGGCGGAGGAUCGAACCGAGAGGGUGCGCCAAGUUGUGGAGAGCUAUGCAACGACCUCUCCACCUUUUGCAUUCGACUUCAUUCCUCUUCGCCUCGAGGACGCUUUUGAUCUGGAAUGGUGGAAGGGUGUUGGUGAGCUUCUUUUCACCCCACCCCCAUCAUCGACCCCAAUACUCGCUCUACAAGCCUACCUAUCCUCCCUCCCCACCCAAACUGCAAUCCACAGCGCCACUCAAACCCUCGUGCGCCUUCUUCUGCUGUACACAGCAGCUUCACGGCGGGCGUCUCAUGUCCUACUGGGAACCUCUCUAACUUCCUUGUCUGUAAACCUCAUCUCGGGAAUCGCCCAAGGUGCAGGAUUUUCGGUCGCGGAGGAGGCGAUGGAAGAAUGGCGUGGAGAAGGAAAAUCGGGAGAGUUAACUCCUCCAAUCCGCAUCGUGCGCCCUCUUCGCGACGUCGGGAUGAAAGAGUGUGCUAUAUGGGCUUGGUGGUGUGGGUUAAGAAUCGUUGGGAGGGAGCGAUAUUUAGGCGGGACGCAAGGAAUUGGCUCAUUGACAAGAAAUUUCAUCACGGGUCUGGAGCGUGAUUACCCUGCUACGGUAUCAACAAUUGCACGUACCUGCGCAAAGCUUACGCCAAAGGAGGGGUCUGAUGGCGUAUGCCUCCUUUGUCAACGACCCGCGCAACAUGGUGUACAGGAAUGGAAAUCACGAACGUCAAUAAGGUCGUAUAACCACGCCUCUUUCUCGUCGUCGGGUCACGAAAGGCCACCGCAUCUCGCGAACGCCACAGAUCGUCCUCAACACAGGACAGAACCUUCCCCUUCUUCGCACCUUACCCCACAUCUUUGUUACGCAUGCCACACCACUUUGACGAGUCGGAGUAGCCGCGGGAAUGUUAAACAAACCUCUGACUCAAAGGUUGUGCCAUUGCCUUUGUGGGUUGGUGCGAGUCUAAGUCUCGUGCCAACGUCUGAGGAUUCUUCGGGAGAGGUAUGGGCGACGCGUAGGAUGGGUGAUGGUGAGAUGAAAGCCGCUAUUGGAGAUUUGUUGUUGAACGAUAGCUAG